AUGUGCGGUUUCUCCUCAAGAUUCCUCUCGCUUCGCAAGAUUGGCCAACAGCAUGCCAAGCUGGAGGAGGAGCUAGAGGCUGCGGAGGAGGCUCGUCGCCGGGCGGACGAGAAAGUUCGUUUGGCCGACGCGAAGGUCGAGCGCCUUCGCAAACAAAAGAAGAUGUGGUUUGAAAAAAUGAUGCGAGCUGUGUCUCGCGGAAUUGAUGACUUGGAGGAAUUGGAUCGGGUGGAGCGUGAGGAGGCGGAACAGGAGGAGCGUCGACGAUCAGCCGAAGUCCUGCCUGAAGUGUCCUUGGAGUCGCUUCUUCCGGAUUCCAAUUUUGUCUGGGAUUCGACUUUCCCGAUGGGUUCUCUGAAUCCUUCGUUGUUGGAUGAGAUGAAUGUUCUUGCGCAACAUUCCGUUGGUUCGUCUGGUGGUAUGGUUUCGAGUCCUGGUCGGUCCUUAACUUCUGGGAAUGUACUGGCGGAGCGGUUCCUGGCAAUCCUGGAGGUGGUUAAGGGGUUCCCAAGUGUUUUCCUCAUGCCCAUAGUUUUCCCAUUUAACAAGGUACUCUGUUUUGCCGUGGUUUCGUCUGUGGUCGAGUAUUCGUUCAACGUCGUCCAAGCUUCUUAA